AUGAGAUGCCGACUGAAAGAAGAGCUCGAGAUAGCUUGGCAUAUUGCUAGUCGCAAAACAAGCAAGAGCAAAUUUACGAAGAUCCGAAAUCGAAUUCUUUCGUUAGUGGAAGAUGCCUCCGCUUCGUGUCGUGAGGUAGAACAGUUUUUCGCAGAAUUAAAAGAAUUAGAAGCGAAACUAGAAGAGACAUGCGAGAAGUUACGGUAUUUGUUUACAGUACUUAAAGCAGACGCUCGUGUGACUCAAUUAGACCAGUGGCUAGACAAGUUAUUUCACGAAGCUUUGGAGGUUAAAUCAGCUGUAGCUCGAUACUUGGACAAUCGCUCUAGCAGUAGAAAUUCGUCUGCAAGAUCUAGCAAGAAAAGCGCCGCUGUAAAAAGCAAGAUUUCGAAGUCUACAGAUAAACAACAAUCUGGUAAUUUAUUCGAAACAAUGAAGCAUGAAAUGCCUGAAUUUGAAAGGCCGACAAUGAAUAUAGAUUCAAUUGCCCAUCACAGAGAUAUAGCUAACUUAAAAGCUACUUCUAAGCGUGUUAUUCACGGACAGCAAGGAUUUCAAGACGAAGAGAACAGCGAAAAAGUUAUAACAAAUAAGACGGCAGCCUCAGGGAAAAGUAAACCAGACAAUUAUCGUGAUACGGUUGACUGGGUUGAAUCACAGCAAAAUAUUCGUGCAACAACAAAUGAAAGGUCACAACUUAACUCAAACUCGGACAGUGUAGAGAAAGAAAUACGUCAGUUAGAAGAAGAAAUUAAAACUAUUAGGGCUGCACGACAAGCGGUCAGUGAUCUUCAAAUGCCUGUAAUGACAAAUAGACAAACAAACGUAUCCUUACGUGACCACGAUAUGGUUGAACAAUCAAGUCAACCGAGAAGGAAAGCCGAAAGCAAUCUCGAAUUAUGGCGAGCUCUCAGAGACCAACGCGAGCGUCAAACACCUAUGAGAACAAAUCAGCGAAUAAAUACGCCUUUAACUGGUCCCGCAAAGGUCGAACUAUCUAGAUCUACACGAGCGGAUGAGGGGAAUAGUAACAAGUUAUCAAACCAUUUAGAACGAAUUCAUCUACCAACAUUUUCUGGCGAUAAAACCAAGUUUGAAGAAUGGAAAGCUCGAUUUACCGUGUGUGUUGAUAAAACUGACGCUUCAACAAUGCAUAAGUUAAUCCGUCUGCGAUCGCUUUUACGAGGGGAAGCGGAAGAACUUCUCGAAGGUCUUGGCUGGGAAAGCAGCGAUUAUUAUAGCGCGUGGAAAAUUCUUGAAGAUGAAUAUGGAGGAGAUGAGCGGUUUAUUAACCGUCAAAUGGAUCUUAUACGCGAUGUAAAACAAGUAAAGACUGUAGAAGAUAUUCGACAAUUUUCUCGGCGUCUAAACACAUGCGUAGUUACAUUAAAGAAUCGUCGACGGUAUGACGAGUUGGAAGCCGGUAUGUUGUAUAGUGUGGUUAAGUCGAAAUUAUCUCCAAGACUACUGGAAACAUACUAUACGUGGCUUGAUUACCAACAUCGUAGAUCUACUUUGGAAGCCCUACGAGAUUGGCUAUUGGUCUAUUCGAGACAUAAAGUGCAAGCCCAAGAAGAUGUUGAGGGUGUUCUAAAGAAUGAUCAAGAAAGAAGACCGAAUCGUCGCAAUAACACAUACGCGUCAGCACAGAACAGCAGAAAAACGACGUCUAUUUGUUUCAAAUGUAACAAGAAACAUUAUAUUUCGAACUGUUAUCGGUUCAAGUCGAUGUCCCUAAAAGCACGUUGGGAAUUUGUUCGAGAAAAGAAGUUAUGUUUUAAAUGCUUGAACUCGGGUCAUCAAAGUGUAAAAUGCGAUAAAGAUGAGACGUGUCCAAUUUCGGAAUGUCACAGUCGACAUCACCCAUUGCUCCACCGACAUCAGCCCAAAGCGAGUGGAAAGGAUAAUGUUGAACAGUCAACUACCACCGAGCAACAAAAUGAGGAACAGAGACAAAUUCAGAAUGAUCUAAGCAACGCCAAUCUACCCCCUCCACAAGAAUCCACUCCAUCCACGUCAAUGAGUAAUCAUGUAACCGAUAACGGGUCACAAUUUAUAGCACUUAGAACAGUUCCUGUCGUUCUGGUUAAUGGCAAUCAACGCAUUGUAGCCAAUGCCUUCCUUGACGAAGGAAGUACCGCUUCGUAUGUUCGAGAAGAUAUUGCUCAUAAACUUAAAUUGCAAGGAACACCUGAACAACUUCACGUUUCUACCUUAACCGGAAAGACGACGUUCAAUAGCACCCGUGUUCAAAUCAAUGUGGAAACUGGAAAGUCUUGA